ACCAAAGAAAAGCGCGUUUGUGAGAAGAAGAUGGAGUAAGUGUAAGGGAUUUGAAAUAGAGCAUAAUAGAAAAUGAUGCAAUAAUGAAGCCUCCUAAUUACCCAACAGACCCCACCGUCGCACAGUGUUCACUCGAGAGGGUAUUUUCAACGCUUUUUUGGAUUGCAUUCGUUUUUGCGGUGAGAGUGAGAGUAACAACUUAGGAAGAGGAUCCAGCACAGAGAGCAAAUGGCAUUCUCGUAAUCAUGACCCCACUUUCUUCCCAGAAAACAACAACCCAACACCUCUUUCGUUUCUUACUUUCGUUUCUGUCUGUUUUUCCCAUUUGUAUCCGUUGAAACCCCACUUCCACUCUUCUCAACGCCAACACCACGCCCUGUUCCCUUACCCUUUUCAAUGCUUAUUAUAACUUUUCUUCCCAUUUUCAACCAUGUCAUCGUAGAAGAAGAAAGAGUUUUUUUUUCACCCACCCACUUCUCGUAACAAAUAACAACCUUCACCCUUCUCCUCCCACAAAAAGUCAGUAACACCGAUGACUGACGCCGGCGAAACCACGAGUGUGAGCUUGAAGCUUCUCGUGUUGGUGGCGGUUUUGGUCGUCUUCGCGGUGGUGAUUCUUGUUCUCGUCUUCUUCCUGUGCUUGCGCGGCGGCCGGAGCUGGAAGCGACGGAAGCUGGCGGCGAAGCACAGCUCCGGGAGCAUCCCUCUGGUGUCGAAGGAGAUCAUGGUGGUGAAGACCUCGGAUCUCACCCCUGCGACGACGAGCGAGAUUGGUGACGUGGAGGGUGAUCCGAAGAAGGAGACGGGGAUGAAGGUGGAGAUUGACGCGGUGUUGAAGAGCGAAGUUUCCGGUGGUGGGGCCCACCGCAGCGAGGUGUCGGUGGAGGAUCCGAACAUAGGGUGGGGCCGGUGGUACAGCAUGAAGGAAGUGGAACUCGCCACGCGCGGUUUCGCAGAAGGGAAUGUUAUUGGGGAAGGUGGGUACGGUGUUGUGUACAGAGGAAUUCUGCACGAUGCUUCCGUCGUUGCUGUCAAGAAUCUUCUCAACAACAAGGGUCAAGCAGAGAAGGAGUUUAAGGUAGAGGUUGAAGCUAUUGGAAAAGUAAGGCAUAAGAAUUUGGUUCGUUUGGUGGGAUAUUGCGCAGAAGGUGCUCGAAGGAUGCUUGUUUAUGAGUAUGUUGACAACGGAAACUUAGAACAGUGGCUGCAUGGUGAUGUAGGAUCAGUUAGCCCCUUGACAUGGGAUAUUCGAAUGAGAAUUGCUAUUGGGACAGCAAAAGGGCUAGCCUAUUUGCAUGAAGGCUUAGAACCCAAAGUUGUGCACCGGGAUAUAAAAUCCAGUAACAUUCUGUUGGAUAAAAACUGGAAUGCCAAAGUAUCAGAUUUUGGACUUGCCAAACUCUUAGGAUCUGAGAAAACACAUGUAACUACGCGUGUAAUGGGAACAUUCGGAUAUGUUGCACCAGAGUAUGCAAGCUCAGGUAUGCUUAAUGAGCGCAGUGAUGUGUAUAGCUUUGGAGUUCUACUCAUGGAGAUAAUCACAGGAAGAAGCCCCAUUGAUUAUUCAAGACCACCUGGAGAGAUGAAUUUAGUAGAUUGGUUCAAGGCAAUGGUGGCAAGUCGUCGCAGUGAGGAGCUAGUUGAUCCUUUGAUUGAGAUUCCACCCUCUCCAAGAUCUUUGAAACGAGUUUUACUAAUUUGUCUGCGGUGUAUAGACAUGGAUGUCGUUAAACGACCAAAGAUGGGUCAAAUUGUUCAUAUGCUUGAAACAGAUGAUUUCCCCUUUCGUUCUGAGCUACGCACAGUUAGAGAGAAAGAUCCUUUGCCUUCUCAUGCAGAUGUUUCCAUUAAAGUUCCUUAUCCACCACCAAAGCAUGCAGAAAGCGUAGAAAACUCAAGAUGGAGAUGAUUGUUUGUAUUGUUGGUCAAUCAACUCUUGUGAUGGAGUUAUUUGUAUUCAGAUUUCAUUAUGUUAUGAACAAGUUAUAUGAAUCGCUGUGCAUAUCUUAUACGGUUUAGUUAUUUCCUUCGGGUUUCAACCAUGCAUUUUGUUGUAUUGCAUUAUUGUAAAUACGAACUUCACAAUCUGUCAAUUUUGUUUAUCUGCUUGUGGACA